UCGUGACGAUUUCGCGUCCUCCUCCCGCCGCGGAACAAAAGCUCCAAUUCGGUCGGUUCGUUUGAUUCACGCGAAAACUUGAAUCGAAGAGCGGUCGUGCGCGGCACGUCGCGUCAUCCGUUCUCGGCCCGGAAUCGUGCGCCUCUUCGCGUCCAAAAGAUGCUCCGUUCCAUCGACGAUCAGGGCUAGCCUUGCCCUUGACGGAAACUUUUUGGAGUGAUCGACUGUCGGCAGUGCGCGGCGCCGCGCACGACGUUUCGCCAGCUGGUGCCGGAAUCGCGUCCGCGUGUGUUUGUGUUCGACGUUUUUUCCUUGUUUUUUCCCCCUCCGCGCGUUCUCGCCAGCCGACGCCGUAACAAAAGAAGACCUUAUUUCCUUAUACUUUCGUGCUGAGUUUCCGUCGUUGAGUUCUGUUUGGUGCUUAUGGUGAAUACGUCGGGGACGAUAGCUCGAGGGAACAAAGGGACAGACCAGCGACAUCGUCGCGUAUCGAUCGAGAGCGGAGCUGCGGUUGACGUUCUGGCCCACGGACUCCGGUACACUCGGCGCGAGGAUUCGAGGAUUUAGGACACGAGGUCGGAUAAUUCUGGUGGCCCGCGGAAAAGAUGAUUAACCCAGUUUCAAGAAAAGUCGCACGAUUCUAAGCGAAUUGCUGUACACCGAGAGACUUGUGAUGUUCGAUGAGAUUCAUAUCCGGUGAUUGCGAAGACGUAUGAAACAGUUUUGAACCCGGCGGGCCGUGACGAAGGAAAGCGCGACAAGAGGUGGAAAUUCAAAGACGGGAAGCCAAGGAGGCAGGUGCAACGCUGUCGAGGACCGCCUGACGCAAAGCGAGGGGAAUACGCAAAACCACGGGGGAUAAAAAGAAGAACACCCACCCAGACAGAAAUACGCUUAUCGUAUCGACUGCAUCGUCGAGAAAAUCGAACCGCUGGGUUGCUCCUUCUUGGCACACGGGCAUUGCGGCUCGGAGCGGCAAAGGUAGAAUGCAGCGAUACGAAACGCGGUGCUCGUCCGCAACGAGGCGAUGAGAAGCCUGAAUGGAGGCCGAGGAAGCCUCAGAGCCCCCUGGGGCUCCGACCAACGUCUCCUCGUCAGUGUGCAACGAGAUCAACCAUAGCUGCGUCGCAUCACAGCUGGUCUAGCUCGUAAUUCUCACGAGUGAGGGAUGCUGCAACGGGGCUGAAAUCGAAAUCAUCGUCGAGCAACGAACCCAACCGAGGCCACGCGUUUCAAGGAACCGUCAGUUCAGCCUAGAACACUAAUCGUCGCGGAAAACUCUUUUAACAGACGGCCUGAUCUUCCUCCAUUUCCCGACACACCGACCUAUUUAUCGAACAAAAGAAUCGAAUUACUAUGACAGUAGAUCUCGCGGGGGAUCGACGCGCACCGGCGUACAAUCGCAAAGAGCAACGAAACGUAAUCGCAAACACGACCGGUGUCGUUUUGAUCGGUUAGGCUCGAGCCAUCGACGCGACGGCCGAUCGUAGAACCGUGAAGAUGGCCGCGCCGGUGAUCGAGAAGAAGCGGUUCUUCUGCCGCGAAUGGGUGUUCGUCAGGCUGUCCCAUUGCUUGGAGCAAAGGCCAGCCUCGAAGACAUGCGGUGCUCUGAUCGUCGGCGGCCCAGGAAGCGGGAAAACCGCCCUCUGCGCCGAGCUUGCGUGGCCAUCGACCGGCGCCAACGCUAAACAUCAGAGAUCGUUGAACAGGAGACUGCUCGCCAGGCAUUUCUGCCAGGCAAGAAGCGAGGCCUCCUUGUCGCCGGCUCAAUUCGUUAGAUCUUUGGUUGCUCAACUAUUGCAGGCUAGCUCGGAUGGUAUUCACAGAGUGUCGACAAGCUCGCCGUCUCCUGCCAGCACUACUACGACGACUACCAACGCCACGUCGAUCCCGUCGACUUCGAGGGAAGCAGUGGCGGAAGCUUACGCGGAGAAGCUCAGAACGGAUCCGGAUAUACAGGCUGCCCUGCAACCGGACGUUCUCGACCGUGAUCCCGACGACGCUCUGAAAAAGGCUCUGCUGUUUCCCCUGUUAGAGGUAGAGCCACCGAAGAGCUGCUUGUUCCUAUUGGUUGAUUCUAUCGACGAGGGUCAAACUUUGAAUCCUCCGCAAACCGGUACCAGAGAUUCAAGGAGAGAAAACGACAAUGUCAGUAGGACGAUCGCUGAAUUAUUGGCCAACCAUCAUCACCUGUUCCCUCAAUGGUUGCUGCUGGUCUGCACCGCUCGACGACAAAGUAAAUCGAUCUCGCGGAUGUUCACCGGGUUCCGUAAGAUCUCGUUGGACGACCUAAGGAAAUCUCACGUCGUGAGAGACGUCCAGCAGUACAUUCUUGCACGGUUGGAUCAAGAAGAGGCGCUCAGGCAGCACAUCUCGUGCGACACGGCCGAGAUGCUAAACCAGCUGCACAUCAAGAGCAACGGUUGUUUUCUGUACCUGGAAAAAGUUCUCGACGGCGUGGCCGAGAACUUCAUCGUCCUAAGAGAGGUCCGCGAGAUACCAGGCACCCUGAACGGUCUCUACCUCUGGCUAUGCCAACGACUCUUCAGCAGGAAACAGUUCGCGAAAGUUCAACCGCUGUUAAACGUGAUACUAGCCGCGAAACUGCCAAUCACCAAGGAGAUCCUGUACAAAUGCGUGAAAACAGCCUGCACCAGCAUCACCGUGGAGGACUUCAAUCGACGUUUACACCUUCUGCGCAGAGUGAUCUCCGUGUCCCGUGCCGGCGCGCUUAUGCUGUUCCAUCACAGUUUCGCCGAGUGGUUGCUCGACGUCAAACACUGCACGCAAAAGUAUCUUUGCUCCGCCAUCGAAGGUCACGCGAUGUUGGCGGGUUAUUACACUCUUCGCGGCACGGAGUUGAACCCUGACGAAAUCUGCGUACUGGGUCAGCACCUGCAACGAGCCAUAACCAAUGUAGCCACUACGAACUGCAACUUGGACGUCCACACGCUUCAGGUAUUCUGGAUGAUAGGCAGCGGAGCGCCCAUCGAAAAUUGCUACUUGGACAGCUCCGAGUGCAUCCUAUGGCCCAGACAGGAGGUGAAAUUACUGAGACUGCUCAUCGACGCUGGGGCUAAACCAUCCGAAAAGGUGGCGGAAGAUGAUGCCAAUAAGGACGCUAUUUCUUCUAGUCAGGUCUCGCAAGAUGUGAGCCCAAUGGAUGAAUCUCCUAGCGAGUCAUUAACGGAACUGCUCGGUGAGAGCGGAGAUAUCAAUCAAACUGAUUCUUGCGGACGAACAGUGCUGCAUACGCUUGCUGCGGACGGCAAUGCAUCUCUGUUGGAGUUAGCUUUAGCAACGUGCCCUCAGGCAAAAUUGGAAGCCACUGACCGUCAUGGUCAGACGCCAUUGAACUUGGCUGCCAGACACGGUUACGCGGACGUUGUCCAAGUACUCUUGUCUGCUGGAGCAUGUGCAGAUCAUGCGGACUGCGACGGUUGGACGGCUCUCAGAGCUGCUGCCUGGGGUGGGCAUACUCAGGUGGUCGAAAUGCUCUUGACGUACGGGGCAUUGGUGGAUUGCGCUGACUGGGAUCAACGAACCGCACUGAGAGCAGCUGCGUGGGGUGGCCACGAGGACAUCGUUAAAGCACUUCUGCAGCACGGCGCCGACGUCAACAGAACGGAUGACGAGGGCAGAACUGCCUUAAUUGCUGCUGCCUACAUGGGUCACAGUGAGAUUGUCGAAUACCUUCUAAACUUCGGCGCGGAGAUCGAUCACGCCGAUAGCGAUGAAAGAACAGCCCUCAGCGUCGCUGCUCUGUGUGUACCUUCCAACCAUGGCUAUACGAAGGUGGUUACGAUACUCUUGGAGAGGGGGGCAGCCGUUGAUCAUCAAGACAAAGACGGCAUGACUCCGCUAUUGGUAGCAGCGUUCGAGGGUCACAGAGACGUUUGCGAAUUGCUUCUGGAAUACGAUGCAGACAUAGACCACUGUGACGCCACCGGACGUACACCUUUAUGGGCAGCAGCCAGUAUGGGCCAUGGAUCGGUUGUCGCUCUUCUGUUAUUCUGGGGAUGUUACAUUGAUAGCAUCGAUAACGAGGGCAGGACCGUUCUCAGCGUGGCUGCUGCCCAGGGUGGUACAGACGUGGUGAAACAAUUACUAGACAGAGGUUUAGACGAGCAGCACAGAGACAAUUCGGGCUGGACACCGUUGCACUACGCGGCGUUCGAAGGUCAUAUCGACGUUUGUAAAGCGCUGCUGGAGGCUGGAGCCAAAAUUGAUGAAACCGACAACGAUGGAAAAGGAGCUCUGAUGCUCGCCGCUCAAGAGGGCCAUUACACGUUGGUCGAAAGGUUGCUGAAACAGCACAACGCGCCGAUCGACCAACACGCUCACGACGGGAAAACAGCCCUGAGACUUGCAGCUCUCGAGGGGCAUUACGACACCGUCAGAGUACUGUUGGCGCACAAUGCUGAUGUUAACGCGAAAGACGCGGACGGCAGAAGCACUCUCUACAUCCUCGCCUUGGAGAACAGAUUGGCAAUGGCGCGCUUCUUGUUGGAGCACGCACGCGCCGAUAUCGAAAGCAGAGAUUCGGAAGGCAGAACUCCUCUGCAUGUAAGUGCUUGGCAAGGACACGUUGAGAUGGUGGCUUUAUUGCUAACAGAAGGUGGAGCCAAUGUAAACGCCUGUGACAACGAGAACAGAACUCCUCUUCAUUCCGCAGCCUGGCAGGGUCACGCUGCCAUUGUUAGACUACUUCUAGAACACGGAGCCACCCCUGAUCACACUUGUAACCAAGGCGCAACAGCUCUAGGUAUUGCUGCACAAGAAGGCCACGAACACUGUGUGCGAGCGCUUCUUAAUCAUGGUGCUGAUCCCAGUCAUUCCGACCACUGUGGUCGAAAUGCGAUAAAAGUGGCCGCUAAAAGUGGCCACGACACUGUGGUGAGACUACUCGAAGAACAUUCUGCCAAUCAACGAAGUCUAAGACCUGGUAUCAACGGAGGUGGAAGUAGUAGCGCUACUUCGGUAACCUCAAACUCAACGGCAGAAACAAAACCAUCGUCCGCGAUCCUAAAUCCCCUCUCCACGCAGUAUAGUCCUGCAGAAUCGCCAGACUCGACGAAAAGACGAAGCUGCGUUUCCCUGGGCAAUAACUCUAGCAACAGUAAAUCCAGCAGCAACUUGACCGGCAGCACGAAAAGCGACCAAGGGAAAUUCAAUCAGAACUCGAUGGUGAAUCAGGUAAUAAAAACACCAUUAUCUUUCACACAACAACUCCAACAAUGUUCGAGGGGAGCAAAGAGUCGACCGCUCAGCAAACUCUUGUCGCCUCUGAAAAGCGAACCGCAGAGCCCGAUCUAUGCUUCGCCACCUCAUUCGCCAUUAAGCGACAGCCUCAUACCCUAUUCACCUACGAACACGAGUCCACCGAGCGCCCAAAUAGCAGCGAACGUGAUACAAAGUCAGCUGGGGGUGUCUUUGUUAACCGGAAACCAAAAUAUACCGUACAAAACACAGAUCGGAGGGUACAAUCACACGCCAGCCAUUUACGAACCGAUCAACAUAAAAACCGAGAUCAUCGAUAAGAAUGACGUUAGUAAACCGUUCGAAUUGACGAACGAAAUGUUAGGUUUAAAUGUUGGUAAAGAGAAGAAGAACGGGCUCGACAAAAAGAGAAACUCGGCCGAUACCCAUUUCACUAGAGACACUCACAUGAGGAUAAUUCUGGGAAAUAGCGGAGCAGGUGUUGGGAGAAGCGUGAAACAUACUACGGACCAUACGCCUGGCAGUGCAAGUAACGCAAAACCAAAGCGCAAUGGCUUGGUUUCCAACCCAGCCAUGAGAUUAGUAGCGGGUGUUAGAAAUGGAAUUGAGAAUGCAACUAAUAGAAAUAAACCUAUUACAACGCGAGUAAAUGGAUUUCAGUGGAAGGCGGAGGCACGAAAGGAAACACCUUUGUAGGGACAGGUUGUAUUGACAGAACCACCUCAGCAGGGCAACGGGAUCCGUAAUUGCGCCUGGCGAAUCGUAAUCACCAAAAAGCGAAAGUCAAUAAACAAAUUUUUCUCCUUUUAUUUGAGCAAAAUCAAAUUACCUCACAUGAAAAAGUGAAAACAAAAAAGAUCUAUAAGAGUCCUGAUUAAAAGGGAAAAUGAAAAUUGCGUACUAUACAAAAAAAAAAACCAAAUAUUAAGCAGCAUAGGAAAAUAUGUAGAUCUAGAUAUGUAAACUUACGAAACAUGACUUUGUAUAAAUGUAACGUUAAUAAAUUUCUUUACUGAUCUCACUAAUACUUCAUAUAAACGACAAUGAACUAAUUAUUGGAACUUUAAGGAUCGAUAGUCAUGAUUUUAAUGGAAGAACGAUAGAUUAUGACACUUUUCUUCAGAAGACUGGAUGCAGAUGGAAUGCAUAACGCAUAAUGUGAUGUUUUAAUGAUUAACUCAAAAGAUGAUGCAGAAUUGUAAAGAUAUGUAUAAAUUAUAUUAAAUGAUUAAAGAAGUAUAUAGCAUAAUAAUGCGAACUCAGUUACAAAUACGUAAAAUUAUGGCCUGAAAAUUAAAAACGUGUGUAAAUACACAUCCUUCACGUAUUGUGCACGAUCAUAUUUAUUAUAUUGUAAUAGGUGCAAAAUAAAUAAAAAGCAAAAUAUCAACAUUA